AUGUAUUCAGUGUUUCGUAUUGGAGAAAUCCGGCAAAUAGAAAAUGGAAUCUGGCAGAUAAAAUUGAAACUAACAGCGGAUAAUGAUCCGCAACUUCGACGACUAACUGAACGCAUGCGUAAAGAAAUUCCAGGGCCCACGAGAUAUCGGAUCCCCCAGUUAAUGCUGAAAAUGGGCCUAAGUGACCAGGCAUUAAAUAUUUUGAAGAUACUUCUGAAAAACAGCGGUAAAGAGGAAAUGAUCAUUCAUCCACUGCUAAGACUGGCGUACAAUGACAUGGAAAACGGGGACGUUGCUCUCUUUCACUUUCGACAAGGACUUAGCCUCGCGCUAACUGUCUGGUCGCCUGAUGAUCACGCACUGGCUGCCACCUACUCGAACAUAGGCUGUGUUCUUGAAACAAAAGGACAUCUUGAUGAAGCAUUAAAACAUCAUCAACGCGCCCUCGAAAUUCUUUUGAAACGACAAGAUUCUGAGCCCGAGCUCAUUGCUGCCAAACACAUAUUGGCAGUGUCUUCCACGCUGCAAGAUCGCUUCGCCGAAGCACUGGCAAGUCAUGAAAUAGCGUUACACAUCCAAAGUGAACAACUUCCGUUCACGCAUCCCGAACUCGGAAAAACAUAUGCUAACAUUGGCACAUCACACUAUGCAUUGGGACACUAUUCCGCAGCUCUUGAUAACCAGAUGACAGCUCUGAGCAUUCAAAAAAGCUAA